AUGGCGAAAGCUAGAGGGAUCCACAAGAUCCACAAGUCGGGUCUGACCUCAUCAGACGACUCAACCACGCAAUCCGAGUCUGAUGAGGAAAGGGCCUCCCGGCGCGGGGAGGACGACUAUCCCCGCAGCAGAACGGUGCACCAGACAACCAUCGCUCACACAAGUGACGAGGGGACCACCAAGUUCCACAUGACGCUGAUGGCGGAAGGGUCACCGUGCAAGAUGGAGAACCUGUUAGGAGUGGAGUGGUUUAAGCCGCUGGGGCUUUCCAUUGAGGGCAUCCACGAAAUCCAUAGGGACGAACUCGACACCAUCCUCGAAGAGUUCAAAGAAGUCUUCGAUGGUAAGCUGGGGAAAUUUGUGGGGAGGCCAAUUUCCUUCAAUCUGGACAAGGGAAUCACCCCAAUCAGGCUCAAGCCCCGCCGAGUUCCGUUUGCCCUGCGGCCUAAAGUAGACGAGCAGCUGGAUAAGCUGAUUGCCCAGGGCGUCCUGGAACCGAUCGAUCAUGCCUCAUGGGAGACCCCCAUUGUGACCCCACUGAAGCAUGAUGGGUCUGUGCGCAUCUGCGCCGACUACCGUUGUACCAUCAACAAGGCAUUGGCACAGAGCGCAUACCCAGUCCCAGUAGUGCAACACUUGCUGCAUUCCCUGGGAUCUGACUCAAUUUUCGCGAAACUGGACCUGGCCCAGGCUUACCAGCAACUGCCAGUGGAUGAAAAAACGGCGGAGGCACAAACAAUUGUCACGCACAGGGGGGCAUUCAAAUGUAACCGCCUCCAAUUUGGAGUCAGCGCUGCCCCCGGCAUUUUCCAAUCUAUGAUGGAACGCCUUCUCCAAGGCGUUCCAGGGGUGGUGCCUUACUUCGACGAUGUGCUCCCAGGCACAACCAUAGGAAAUGCCGACGCACUCAGCAGAUGCCCAUCGAAGAAUCCAGUCGAAGACCCAGCCCCCACGCUCCACCUAUUCCACAUAGACGACGACGCCAGCUGUCCAGUCUCAUCCGCAGAUGUGGCCGUUCACACCCAAAAAGACCCCACACUCCGCCAAGUAAAGUCCUGGAUCCUCAGAGGGUGGCCAUCGGAAAAGACAGAGGAGAGGUUCAGCCCGUUCACCAGGAAACAGAAGGAGCUGUCCACCAUCAAGGGCUGUCUGCUAUGGGGAGACAGGGUGCUGAUUCCAAGCACUCUGCAACGGCGAACAUUAGAGACUCUGCACAAAGGGCAUCCGGGCAUCGUCCGCAUGAAGGCCCUGGCACGAAGUUACGUCUGGUGGCCCUCCAUGGACAGAGACAUUGAGCAAUGGGUCUCCAGAUGUGACCCGUGCCAAGAAGUUCGCCCAGCGCCGCCGCAAUCCGAAGUCGCGAAGUGGGAGACCCCCAGCAACCCCUGGUCGAGGAUCCACAUCGACUUCGCGGGUCCGAUGCAGGGGCGACACCUCCUCAUCGUGGUAGAUGCCUUCUCCAAGUGGCUCGAGGUGGUACCCAUGGCAUCUACCACAACAGAAGCGACGAUCCGAGCCCUGCGCCGUCUGUUCGCCACACAUGGACUACCGGACAUGCUGGUCUCGGACAACGGCCCCCAGCUCACAUCCCUGGCCAUGGAGUCCUUCCUGGCAGAACGGGGCAUCCGCCACGCCCUGUCCACCCCGUACAGGCCGGCCGGAAACGGACAAGCUGAACGCAUGGUCAGACUCACCAAAGAAGCCCUCACCAAGAUGAGAAGGUUGAGGUCACCCUUGGACCGGCUG